AUGGCGAUCUUCCACCUUUUACAGUACUAUAACAGUGCAACUCAUCAAUCGCUUAGAUCAUCAGCAGACUUGACUCUCCAUUGCAAAGAUAAGAAUCAUGACCUUGGAGAGGUUACCAUCAGCUUUAAAGAUCUAUAUUCGUUCAAAUUCACAGCAGAUCCGUGGGCAUGGAGAUCCUUGUAUUUCUGUAGCUUUUGGUGGUCGUCAACUUCUUCGCGUCAUUACUAUGAUGUUUACGUGCAGAAACGAGACAAAUGCCAUUUGUGCAUUUGGACAAUAUAUGAAGAUGGUCCUUGCGAUGCCGAUGGAUUUUGCUAUCCUUGGAAUCGUCAACCACAGUCAAAGCGUGCUCCACUUAGUGUUUUUACACCACAAAAAACCAACAUUACUCAACCUCAUCAUCUUUAA